UCCGCGCCGUCCGGUCGUGCCAGGGGUGCGGGAGGGAGGCGGGUCCGAGCCGACAUGAGGCUGCCGGCCGGGCUGCUGCUGCCGCUGCUGACCCACCUGCUGCCCCAACAGACGGCCGGCGCCGAGGAGCCGCCCACGCCGGAUGUGUGUCGGUUCCGGGACGGCUUCGGCUACCCGGCCGACGAGUUUGACCUGGUCACGUGCGCCUGGUGUUACGCGUACGCCGGGCCGCAGUGGUUCCCGCCCGACGGCCGGCUGCAGAUCGGACAGCACCGCUUCCGGAGGCACGACGGCAGCGACGCCGUCACCUACUACCUGUACUCGCUGGACGGCAAUGUCACGGUGCUGGCCAACGCGUCGGACGCGGCGGCCACGGCCACCAUCUCCGCCACGUUCGCCGAGCCCCAGUACGCCGCCAAGUGGCUGGGCUGCUGCCAGAGCUCGCACGCCUGCUGCAGGAGCGUGCUGCGCCGGCCAGAGAGUGAGAUCCGCCGGUCGGGCGAGUACUGCCCAGCUACCGAGGACGGCUGGCUGUGCUGGAACACCACGCGGGCCGGUCAGACUGUCUACCAGCAGUGUCCCGACUACAUCUACUCGCACCAGAGGCCGUCGUGUCGGGUGUUUGCCAAGAAGCAGUGCACGUCGAACGGCACGUGGUGGGCGCCGUCGGCGCAGCACGGCGAGUUCACUGACUACGGCGAGUGCAGCAACAUGUGGCGCGGCCUGGUGCGCCAGUACGUCAACAUCGGCUGCAACGGGGUGUCGGUGCUGGUCCUGCUGCCGGCCGUACUGCUGUCGGUCGCCAUCCGCAGCCUCCACCAGGGCCCCCUGCUGCUGCACGGAUCCCUGAUGGCCGCCCUACUCAUCCGAUGUAUCAUGGUCAUCGCCACAUCAGUGGUGCUCAACAUCGCCCAGCUCACCGGGGCGGCCUCAGACGCAGACGGCGGCCUGGGCUGCCGGCUGCUGCAGGCCUUCUACAAGUACGCCGUGCUCAGCUCGUGGACCUGGAUGCUGGCCGUCGGACUGGGACUGCACAACUCGAUCGCCCGCCCGUUCGCCAAGCAGUUCAGCGCCUGGGUGUUCUGCACGCUCGGCUGGGGCGUGCCAGUGCUGUUUGUCGCCGGCUGGGCCGCGGCCAAAGUCGUGCUCGAGAACGAACUCUGCUGGAUGCUCAACGUUCACAACCUGGUCUGGAUCCUGGACGCGCCCAAACUCGCCUGCUUCUUCAUAAACCUAGGAUUUAUGAUAAACGUUUUACGCAUACUCAACACCAAGCUGGAAUCUUCCGAGGCCAGAAGGCGGUCGUUCCGUGCGGCGGCCAUGCUGGUGCCGCUGUUCGGCCUCCAGUUCCUGGUGACGGCGCUGCCGCCUCCCGACGACGUCGACUGCGACGCCGAGCAGGCCUACUACGUGGUCAGCUACCUCAUCAGCGGCCUGCAGGGAGCCGUCGUCGCCUGCAUCUACUUCUACACCAACGCCGAGGUGCGCUCGCAGCUGGUGCUGCAAUGGCGGCGGUUCCAGGCGCGGCGCGGCAGCGGCAGCCGGGCGCCGCCGCGCCGGCGCACCCUCAGCACAGAGGUGCCGGCCAGCGGACCCGUGCAGCGCCGCCAAUUGGCCUCGGACGCCGAGCGCGCCGCCGCCGCCGCCGCCGACCCGCAGCAGAUGACCGUCACGUCGCUGCUGGGAGCCGACGGGCGAGCCGGCGGCGGCGACGACCAGCCCGAUCUCGUGCAGGACACAGCUACCUAGAGCGCAGGACCUCUACAGGACGCGGCUACCUGAGAGCUCAGUCGACCUCGUGAGACCACGGCUACCCAGAGCGCAGCAAAGUGCAGCAAACGGUCGCCCCGAGCCCCGCGUUGCACAGACAGGACACGGGCGUCUGAAGCCCGGCCGUCGGUCCGUCAGUCCGUGGGUCCGUCGGUCCGAUGCGUGCGGCCCGCGCCGUCCGGGGUCGUGUGACCAUUACAGCGGCCCGGCGGCCAAUUGGCCUGUCGAGACACGUCAUCGGCGGCCCGAUCUGCCGGAGGGCACACAGCCGCCGGCGCCGGUCCGUCGGACGGACACUCCGCAACAUGGGCGCCGUGAUAGCGCGCCAGGCACACGGGCUGGUCAGCGGACGGUAGCGGCGCCCGGGGGCUGGAUCUGGCAGCCGGCACGUCCGAAGGGGCAUUCACUCGGCCAUAAAGGAGAGGUGAUCUCCUCAGGAUAUUUGUGGGUGAAUUGAGACGCGAUGCCCACCCCGUGGGACGGAGAACGCGUGCGAGUGUUAGGGUAGCGCGAACAGAGGCAGCGUGAGUGUGUGAUUUCAGUGUGACACUGCGGCGUCACCUGACAGCUCUGCGCGGUGACCGCCACUGAAACUGGACAGACAUUCGCCGGUCAGCCGCGCAGAGCCAGUCUCGUCCAGUGAGUGUCCAAUGAGUGUCCAAGAAUGUCCAAUGAGUGUCCAAAUGUGUACAGAAGUGUGCAACGAAUGGCCAGUGAAUCACUCCCAAGAUGGCCAGUUUCGUUCAGAACGGCCAGUAACUCCCGUGUCCAGCGUUCAGUCGCCCUCAUGUCAAAGAAUGAGUGCCCGCCUGCCCGGUCACUCCCGGAUAGGCCAGUGUCCACUGUCCAGCGAGUGUCCAGGCACUCCGAGGUCGGUCAGUGAGUGCCCGGUCACUCCGAGGUCGGUCAGUGAGUGCCCGGUCACUCCCAGGUCGGCCAGUGAGGGCCCUGUCACUCCGAGGUCGGUCAGUGAGUGCCCGGUCACUCCCAGGUCGGUCAGUGAGUGCCCGGUCACUCCCAGGUCGGCCGUCCUCUCCCAUAUCGGCCAGUCACUGAGCGGGUAGCGCGGCUGUCGUGCCAUAAAGCGAGCUUCGUGCGCGCGUUUCAUACGGUGUUGUCAGCGAUGUCGAUGUGUGUGAGUGCUGGGUGCGGCGCCCGGCCCGGCCCGCGCUGGUCGGUACCGCUGCCCGCUCCGGCCCGCGGCUGGCCCGGCGUGUCCGUGCAAUGUCCGGCGGCUCGGCACCGCUGCCCGGCCCCGAGUCGCGUCUGGCCGGAACACGCCGUCCCGGGCCACAGAGUACAAAAUAAAC